UGUGUCUGUCACAGACGACAAGUGUCUGCGGAACGAAUUUUAGGUUAUUAUUUAUUAAUUUUGUUUUUACACCAAAAAGUGAAAAACAUAAAAAAAAACUGUACUUGAAAGAUGAAUUUUAAACAUGUAUUUCUCAAACGAACAUGUCCAAUGGUCACACAAAUCGCGGAAGCUCAUCGGAAACCGAGAUGGUUACCAGUGGCGAAGAGCAAAAUUUACCGUAUUCCUAAACGUCCCGUGAUCUCAACAGAGGAGCGUUUAGAGCUGCAACGGAUAAACAACAAUUAUAAUACACAAAUGCGUGCAAUAAGACGUUUUUACCAUGAAGAGAUGAUAAAGGAGAGAUCUUCUCUCCAGAGCGCCAGUUCGGAGAUGUCCCAGCGCUUGGAGGCCGAGGAAUGGGAAAAGUGUGUUCAAAUUAACGAUAAAUGGAACAGUCAGGUUGCCGCAGAAAGAGAAGAGCGGAGAAAGGUGGAGUUAGCUGCUAUGGAGGACUUUGCUUUGAAACGAAUGGAGGUCAAAGACGCAGAGAUGAAAGACAAAAUUGCAAUAGCGUCAGAGAAGAUCAGAGAACAAAAGGAAUUAUGUUCAACAUUCAUCACACCAGAGACUCUAGAAGCGGCCAUAGACCACGCACUGGCCAACCCCACAGAUUACAAUUUUGCAAUUGAUUUAAAAGGAAACCAAUUCCCUGGAAGAGAUAUUCCUAUAACAUAUGAAAAGAAUGCUGAAAAAACAAACGUUUAGUGUUGGUUAAUUUUAAGUUACUUAGAAAAUAAAUAAAUUAUUUAGGUUUA